CACAAAAUAUUUUCCAAAAAUAUUCAUUUCCUGCUUCUCUCUCCUCCCUCUUCUCUGGUUACUAUAACCCAACUCCAAUUUCCCGCUUAUCUCUCUUCCCCUCUCUGGUUUCUCUCCUUCCACUCUCUGGGUCUUCUCCGGGAGCGAAAUUCAGACUCACACCACUCACUGCACACACCGCACAGCUUUUCCCCCACCACCACUUCGUCGUUGUUGUCUCCCACCGCCGAGUUGCCGCUGUUGUCUCCCACCGCCGAGUUGCCGCUGUUGUUCCCCCUCCGCCGCGUCGCUCCUCCUUAUCUCUCUUAAUAAAGGAGGAAUGGGAUUUGGAACUUAUAAAUAUGGUCACAGUAGCAGCAUGCAAUUUAGUAGUUGUUUGGGCACUUGCUCCAUGUUGGUUAUAUGCCAACACCUUCAGCUCUGGUCUGCAGAAUAGACUGCAUAAGCUCCCACACUACGUAUUUGAAGCAAGUUACUGUUAUAUUGAAUUUGAUCUACAGAAAAAAUUCAGUCUCUUCUGUACAAGGAUGUACAGUUUAGUUUAGUCGGAUUUACAGCAGGGGCACUCCAAAGUGUCUUGUUGAAUCUUUGUACUAAAGGGAAAGACAGAAGAUUUUGAUGUUCAAUUGAACAAUAAUCAAUCAGAUUACUUCAGAGCUCUUUACAUGGUGGGUGAUAAUCCAAUUAAAGGUGCAAGACAUGUUCGAGCUAAAAUUUUCUACAAUUGUAUUCGGCACUUAUGCCUUGACAUUAUCAAUUUUUCAGUAGUGUUAUGUGCUCAUAACAGAGUGAAUGGAAUUCCAACUUGUGCUGAAGCCAAUCUUCUUAAAGCAACUGUUAGAGAGCAAUGGGGUUUAGAUGGUUAUGUUGUCACUGAUUUUGAUUAUAUCCAAGUGUUGUACGAGUCUAUCAAUUACACAGCUACACUAGAGGAUGCAGUUGCCCUUGCAUUGAAAGUAGGAGUUAACAUUAAUUAUGGAGAUUAUCUACGUAAGUACACGGUGAGAGAAGUUAACCAGAGAAAGGUGUCGGAAUCAGUUGUAGACCAGGCCUUGAUAUACAACUAUGUAGUCCUCAGGCGACCUGGGUUCUUUGAUGGGAAUCCCAAAAAGAACCCCUUUGGAAACUAAGGCCGUCUGAUGUAUGUACAGAAGAUCACAAAAAGUUGGCCCUUGAUGCAGCAAAGCAAGUGAUAGUGUUGCUAGAAAAAAAAGGAUCAACUCUUCCAUUGUACUCAAAAUAUGUCAAAAAGUUGGUUGUUAUUGGUCCUAAUGCUAAUGCCACCAAAACCAUGUUAAGUAAUUAUGCUGGUGUACCACGUAGGUAUACUAGUCCUCUACACGGGUUUCAAAAACAUGUGAAAAGAGUGUUGUAUCAACCAGGAUGCCAAAAUGUAAAGUGUGUAGAUAAACAGCAUAUCGAAGCAGCAGCUAGGGUGGCAGCCAUUGUUGAUGUUGUGGUUUUGGUAGUGGGACUCGAUCAGUCAAUUGAAGCAGAGAGACUAGACAGAGUAAACUUGACAUUACCAGGUUACCAAAAGAUGCUGGGAGAGAAGGUCACUAGUUCAGCCAAAGGAAAAGUUAUUCUUGUGAUCAUGUCAGCUGGUCCAGUUGAUGUGUCAUUCGCAACUAAAUUGAGAAAGAUUCGUGCCAUUCUGUGGGUCUGUUAUCCUGGACAAGAUGGUGGAGAAGCCAUUGCUCAAGUAGUAUUUGGACAUCACAAUCCAAGUAUUCAACAAUCCGAGGGAACAGCCUUUUAGCAUUGAGUAGAUAAAUGAAGUUCGAGAAAAGUUGGCAAAUGUCAUUACCAUUUAUUGUCUUUGAUAUUUUCUUGUAGUGAAUCUUAGAUUAUUGAUGCUAGUUUUUCAUAGGAUUGUAAUGUAAUAAAUUUUUAUAUUUAUAAUUAUAUAAUAUUCAAUUUCAUUAUCUAUAUAAUUGGAUACUUUUUUAUAUGAUGUAUGGAGGUUAACUAGUGGUGGUCGAAUUGU